AUGUCCUUCUUCAAUUUCCGUAAGAUCUUCAAGUUGGGGAGCGAGAAGAAGAAGAAGCAGUACGAACAUGUGAAGAGGGACCUGAACCCCGAGGAGUUUUGGGAAAUUAUAGGAGAACUGGGCGACGGAGCCUUUGGGAAAGUGUACAAGGCUCAGAAUAAAGAGACCAAUGUUUUAGCUGCUGCAAAGGUGAUUGACACGAAAUCUGAAGAAGAACUUGAAGAUUACAUGGUUGAGAUUGAUAUAUUAGCAUCUUGUGAUCAUCCAAAUAUAGUCAAACUUCUAGAUGCCUUCUAUUAUGAGAACAAUCUUUGGAUCCUCAUUGAAUUUUGUGCAGGUGGAGCAGUGGACGCUGUGAUGCUUGAACUUGAGAGACCAUUAACUGAGUCCCAAAUACAAGUAGUUUGUAAACAGACUCUAGAGGCUUUGAACUACUUACAUGAUAAUAAAAUCAUCCACAGAGAUCUGAAGGCUGGCAACAUUCUUUUUACCUUAGAUGGAGAUAUUAAGUUGGCGGAUUUUGGAGUAUCAGCUAAAAACACAAGGACAAUUCAAAGAAGAGAUUCCUUUAUUGGCACACCAUAUUGGAUGGCUCCUGAAGUAGUCAUGUGUGAAACAUCUAAGGACAGACCCUAUGACUACAAAGCUGAUGUUUGGUCCCUGGGUAUCACUCUAAUAGAAAUGGCUGAGAUAGAACCACCUCAUCAUGAAUUAAAUCCAAUGCGAGUGCUGCUAAAAAUAGCAAAAUCUGAGCCCCCUACAUUAGCACAGCCAUCAAAAUGGUCUUCAAAUUUUAAGGACUUUCUAAAGAAAUGCUUGGAAAAGAAUGUGGAUUCCAGGUGGAAUACAUCUCAGCUACUGCAGCAUCCUUUUGUUACGGUUGAUUCCAACAAACCAAUUCGAGAGCUGAUUGCAGAGGCAAAGGCUGAAGUAACAGAAGAAGUUGAAGAUGGCAAAGAGGAAGAUGAUGAUGAGGAAACAGAAAAUUCUUUGCCAAUACCUGCAAGUAAGCGUGCCUCUUCUGACCUUAGUAUUGCCAGCUCUGAAGAAGAUAAACUUUCACAAAACGCUUGUAUUUUGGAAUCUGUCUCUGAAAAAACAGAACGUAAUACUUCUGAAGAUAAAUUUAACAACAAAGUUCUUAAUGAAAAACUUACCACAGAUGAACCUGAAAAAGCUGCAGAGGAUAUUAAUGAACAUAUUAAUGAUGCUCACUUAGAAGCUAUGGCUGAACUUGAUAAUAGGACAAUAGUAAUCAAGGAAAAUGGCAGAGAGGAGAAGAGACCCAAGCUUGAAAGUCUGCCUGAUACAGAAGACCAAGAAACAAUGGACAUUAAUUCAGUCAAUGAAGGAAAAGAGAAUAAUAUAAUAACUUUAGAAACAGAUAUUGAACAGAGUCUGAAACCUGAGGAAGAAAGGGAUCAAGAAAAGCAACAGAUAUUUGAAAAUAAGAUUAUAAAAUCUGAAGAAAUUAAAGAUACUGCUAUUCAAACAAUGGACUUAGUUUCUCAAGAGACUGGAGAAAAAGAGGCAGACAUUCAGGCAGUUGAAAAUGAAGUUGCACUUACAAAGGAAGACACCCAAGAGAAAUUGGGAAAGAAUGACGAAACUCCAGAAGAAGUGAUCAGCCAUAUAAGCGAUGUCAUAGGAACAAAUGAGGCAAGAGACGUUGCCCAGAAGGCAGUUGAAAACAAUGCUGAGGAUGCUCAGAGUAAUGAUGGGAAUGAAGUGGUUGAAGUAGACCAGAAAUUAGUAAGUAAGCUCACAGAGGGUCCUGAGGCUGGUGGUUCUGAGGAAGUUCCUUUUAAAGACAUAGUGGAAACUAAGGAGAUAGAUCAGAAGUCUUUGGAAGAUAAAGAUGAAGAACAGUCACUCAGCAGUUUAGAGAACAUAGUGAAAACCAGUGAGGAAUCUGGCACAAAUGAAGGUGAGGAAAUUACUGAGUCCAGUAGCACUGAAGAAAUAGAGGUCAGACAUGCAGUAAUUUAUACUGACCAAGAGGCUUUAGGAAAUGAAACUCCAGAUGCUCAUGAAGCUACUGCUCAGAUAGAUACAGAGCAAAAAGCAAUUCCAUGUGAAGUGCCAAUUGAAAGAGAACCUCCCGUGACUUCCUCUUCACAGCCUAGUGAACCUCAGCCUGUUCCAAUACCCAGUAUAAAUAUCAACUCUGAAGAUGCAGAAAAUAAAGGGGAAAUAGGUGCUUUAUCAAAAACUGAAGCCAUGUUGCUUCCAGAAUCUGAGAAUCAAAAGGAAAAUGAUACUGAUUCAGGCACUGGUUCCACCGCUGAUAAUAGCAGCAUUGACUUAAAUUUAUCCAUCUCUAGCUUCCUAAGCAAAACUAAAGACAGCGGAUCAAUAUCUUUACAAGAAACAAGAAGACAAAAGAAAACAUUGAAGAAGACCCGCAAAUUUGUUGUUGAUGGCGUAGAAGUGAGUGUAACCACGUCAAAGAUAGUUACAGAUAGUGAUUCCAAAACUGAAGAGUUGAGGUUUCUUAGACGUCAGGAACUUCGGGAGUUAAGAUUCCUUCAAAAAGAAGAGCAAAGAGCCCAACAGCAGCUCAAUAGCAAACUGCAACAACAACGAGAACAAAUUUUCCGGCGCUUUGAGCAAGAAAUGAUGAGCAAAAAGCGUCAAUAUGAUCAAGAGAUUGAGAAUCUAGAAAAACAGCAGAAACAGACUAUUGAACGUCUAGAACAAGAACACACAAAUCGCUUGCGAGAUGAAGCCAAACGCAUUAAAGGAGAACAAGAGAAAGAGUUGUCCAAAUUUCAGAAUAUGUUAAAGAACCGAAAGAAGGAGGUUAUAAAUGAAGUGGAGAAAGCACCCAAAGAGCUGAGAAAAGAGCUCAUGAAACGCAGGAAAGAGGAGCUUGCACAAAGCCAGCAUGCUCAGGAACAGGAAUUUGUUCAGAAGCAACAACAAGAAUUAGAUGGCUCUCUGAAAAAGAUCAUCCAACAGCAGAAGGCAGAACUGGCCAAUAUUGAAAGAGAGUGCCUGAAUAACAAACAGCAGCUCAUGAGAGCUCGAGAAGCUGCAAUUUGGGAGCUUGAAGAACGACACUUACAAGAAAAACACCAGCUGCUCAAACAGCAACUUAAAGAUCAGUAUUUCAUGCAAAGACAUCAGCUACUUAAGCGCCAUGAGAAGGAAACAGAACAAAUGCAGCGUUAUAAUCAACGACUUAUUGAGGAAUUGAAAAACAGACAGACUCAAGAAAGAGCAAGACUGCCUAAGAUUCAGCGCAGUGAAGCCAAGACUCGAAUGGCCAUGUUUAAGAAAAGCUUGAGAAUUAACUCAACGGCCACACCAGAUCAGGACCGUGACAAAAUUAAGCAGUUUGCUGCUCAAGAAGAAAAGAGGCAGAAAAAUGAGAGAAUGGCUCAGCAUCAGAAACAUGAAAAUCAAAUGCGGGAUCUUCAGUUGCAGUGUGAAGCCAAUGUCCGAGAGCUGCAUCAGCUGCAGAAUGAAAAAUGCCACCUAUUGGUAGAACAUGAAACUCAGAAACUCAAGGAAUUAGAUGAGGAACACAGCCAAGAAUUAAAGGAAUGGAGAGAGAAAUUGAGACCUAGGAAAAAGACACUGGAAGAAGAGUUUGCCAGGAAACUGCAGGAACAGGAGGUGUUCUUUAAAAUGACUGGGGAGUCUGAAUGCCUUAACCCAUCAGCACAGAGCCGGAUUUCCAAGUUUUAUCCUAUCCCUAGCUUGCAUUCCACAGGGUCGUAA